AUGUCUUUCCUCGCCGACUUAUCCUACAAUACCACCCUCGUCUCCACCAUCACCCCCACCGCUCUCCACGCCCCAUUCUACCACACCGCCCGUCCACACAUCUUCUCCUUCAUCUCCGACAAGUAUCUCUCAAUCGCCGCUCCCAUCCUCGCCUACUGGUUCUACUCUACCUUCUUCCACCUCAUUGACACCGCCCAGUUCCCGUACUUUGAGAAUCGCCGCAUCCAUGACUCGCCAGAGAUGCUCGCGCGAAACAAGGUGACGAUCUGGGAUGUCAUUAAGGCGGUCGUUCUCCAGCACGUUAUCCAGGCUGUGCUGGCUUGGUGGUGGAUCGAGGACGAUGAAGUGAUUCUUCAGAGAGAGAUCUAUAAGGACCACUUGGCGGCUAUGGGCCAUAUGGCCCCGUGGGUGGCUGACGGGACGCUGUUGGUCUUGGGCAGGAGAACUGGCGAGCAACUGCUCAAGAACCAUGGAGAAGCUAUGGUGCGCUGGCUGUAUUGGUGGGGUAUCCCUGCUGCCCAGAUGAUCUUUGCUUUCUUCGUCAUCGACUCCUGGCAGUACUUCUGGCACCGCGCCAUGCACACCAACCGCUGGCUCUACCGUCACUUCCACUCGCACCACCACCGUCUCUAUUGCCCCUACGCCUUUGGUGCUCUCUACAACCACCCUGUCGAAGGCUUUAUUCUUGAUACUCUUGGUGCCGCGAUUGCCGAAGAAGUCUCAUUCAUGACUGUUCGACAGGCGACCUUGCUCUUCACCGUUUCUACGCUCAAGACGGUCGAUGACCACUGUGGCUACAGGCUCUGGUGGGACCCCUGCCAGCUGUUGUUUGCCAACAAUGCCGACUACCAUGACAUUCAUCACCAGGCUUAUGGUAUCAAGGCCAACUUUAGUCAGCCCUUCUUCACCAACUGGGACAAGAUCUUGGGGACAAGAAUGUCCCGCGAGGAAGCCGAUGGCAAGAGCCGAUGGAAGCCCGUUAGUGGCGACCAUGUCCUUGCGCAAGCUCCGGCCAAGAAGCUAGAAUAG